CUCGAUAAUAUGAUCGUCAGCACGGCCAUACCGAGGAUCACCAACGAGUUUCAUUCCCUCGCCGACGUCGGUUGGUACGCCAGUGCCUAUCAAUUCGGGAGUGCUGCACCACAGCCAUUGACAGGAAGGAUUUACAAGUAUUUCAAUACCAAGCGGGCCUUUCUCGUCUUCUUUGCCGUGUUCGAAAUCGGCUCCAUUAUUUGCGGUGCUGCUAUCUCUUCGCCCAUGUUCAUUGUCGGUCGCUUUAUUGCCGGCUUUGGGAAUGCAGGCAUCGCCACCGGUGCCAUCGCCAUUAUUUCAAAUUGCGCGCCCCUUCAGAAGCGCCCAAUGCUAAUAGGACUGACCAUGGGUUUUAACCUACUUGGACUUGUUUUAGGGCCCUUGAUAGGGGGCGCCUUCACAUCUUACAGUACCUGGCGCUGGUGCUUUUAUGUAAACGUCCCGGUUGGCGCAGCGGCCAUACUUGCUAUAGCCUUUCUGCACACCCCCGAGGAGAGUAUCAAACCUAAAGCCCGCACGCUGCUCCUGAAACUGCAUCAACAUCUAGAUCUUGUAGGCUUUUUUCUUUUCGCGCCUGCUGUAUUGCAACUUCUCCUCGCUCUUCAGUUCGGCGGCCAGGCCUAUCCCUGGAGUUCUUCUCAGGUAAUAGGUCUCUUCUGUGGCGCCGCGGCGACCGCAGUCGUCUGGUUCUUCUGGAAUCUAUCCCGAAGAGACGAUGCAAUGCUGCCUCUCGCCAUGAUCAGCCAAAAGAACGUAUUGGCCUCUGGGAUCUAUAUAGCUUUCCUGAUGUCCGCGGUCUUUGGAGCCAUCUACUAUCUCCCGAUUUAUUUUCAGGCUGUCAAAGGAGCCAGCGCAAUGCUGAGCGCAGUGUACCUACUUCCCAUGAUAGUUUCGCAGCUCAUAACGGCUGCUAUGGCAGGAGCGGCAGUGAGCAAGAUCGGAUACGUGAUUCCCGUAGCUGUCAUAUCCACCGUGUUCCUCUCCGCCGGAACCGGUCUCUACUCCCUCCUCCAACCCGACACCCCAGAUGGUCAAUGGAUAGGGUUCCAAAUCCUUGGCGGCAUCGGUUUCGGCGCCGGGUUACAACUGCCUAUAAUAGCUAUCCAAGCGGCCAUGGAUGGCGAGGAGCUCGCCUCCAGCAUCGCUUUUGUUAUCUUCGGCCAGGCUUUCGGGCCUACCAUUACCAUGACCCUCUACAACAUCAUCUUCCUCGAGACCUUGAAAACGCAGAUUCCCCUUCAUGCGCCAGGGGUCGAACCCGAAGCUAUUAUACGCGCAGGAGUCUCCGGAUUCCGCUCCUUCGUCUCGGCCGAAGACCUGACCGGUGUAACCAUUGCAUACGCAAACAGCAUCGACCGCAUCUUUUACCUAGCAGCUGGCCUAGCGGCGGCUUGCGGGAUAUUCCUGUGGGGAAUGGGCUGGCAUGAUGUGAGGAAGAAGGAAGGGGCCAGUAAAGACGCCGAAGGCGACGGUAAAGGUCUCGGCCAGUCGGCAGAGGAUGGGGCAAAGGCAGCUUGAGGUCGCAGCCUACGACUGUAUGUUCUUCGACUGUUCAUGCGGGACUCAGAACCAUGUGUAUAAUUUUAGGCCAAGCACCGGAUUCUUAGAAACCAUGUCUGCUUAUAUGAGGGGUCUGUCACGAGGCGGAACCAAGAGGCUAGGGAAGAACAACGUUGUUGCGCGAGG